UAAGAAUACACGUGCUCGCUCUCAGCCUUGACUUAGGUUGGUCCAGCUGGUUCUGUCUGAGGGCUUCAUUCUGAAUAUCAGCUAUCCAGACUGAAUCAUGGCUGAAAAGGGAAUCAAGAGAGCAGCAGAAGACAUUGCUGACUGUGAUGUCACUGUGGAAGAAAAACGUCCAAACUUGUCUGCUGAGGAUAGGACAAUGACAGAAGCCAGUAUUUCACUAGAUCAGGACCAGUUCAGCUGUCUAGUCUGUCUGGAUCUGCUGAAGGAUCCAGUGACUAUUCCCUGUGGACACAGUUUCUGUAUGGUGUGUAUUAAUGACUGCUGGGAUGAGAAUGAUCAGAGGAGAAUUUACAGCUGCCCUCAGUGCAGAGAGACUUUUACUCCAAGACCUGUUCUACAUAGAAACAACAUGCUGGCUGAAGUGAUGGAAAAACUGAAGAAGACAGAACUCCAAGCUGCCGGACCUGAAGAUGUGGAGUGUGAUUUCUGCACUGGAAGAAAACUCAAAGCCAUCAAGUCCUGUCUGAUGUGUCAGGCCUCCUUCUGUGAAACUCAUCUCAAACCUCACUAUGAAGUUCCUGGCCUGAAAAAGCACAAGUUGAUCAAAGCCUCUUCACACCUACAAGAGAAGAUCUGCUCUCAGCAUGGCAAAGUGAUCAAGAUCUACUGUCGUACUGAUCAAAACUGCAUCUGUUAUUUGUGUAUGCUACAUGAACACAAAGGACAUGAUACAGUUCCUGCUGGAGAAGAAAUAAGUAAGAAACAGAGUGAGCUAAAGGAGGAGCAGAGGCAAUUCGAGCAGAGAAUUCAGGAGAAGGAGAAGAAGGUCCAGGAGCUGAAGCAGGCUGAGGACACUCUUAAGUGCUCUGCCCGGGCAGCAGUGAAGGACAGUAGGCAGACCUUUACUGAGCUGAUCUACUCCAUUAAGAAAAGGUGCUGUGAGGUGAGGGAGCUGAUCAGAGAUCAGGAAAAGGCUGAACUGAGUCGAGCUAAAGGAUUCCUGGAUAAACUGGAGCAGGAGAUUGCUGAUCUUAAGAGGAGAGAUACUGACCUGGAGCAGCUCUCCCACACAGAGGAUCACAUCCAUUUCCUCCAGAGAUUCCAGUCUCUCUGUGUCUCUUCUGGAUCUGAGGAGUCACCCAUGAUUUCUGUUAAUCAACAUUUAACAUUUGAUGGAGUGACAAAAUCUCUCUCUGAUCUGAAAGAGCGACUAGAGAAAUUAUGUACAGAAGAAUUCAACAAAAUUCCUCCACAGGCUGCAGCAAUUCAGAUUUUACCUUCAGAGCCAAAGACCAGAGAGGAUUUCCUGAAAUAUUUCUUUCAACUGACUCUGGAUCCCAACACAGCUCAUCAUUCACUCCAUCUGUCUGAGAUGAACAGAGUUGUCACAAACAGAAGGGGAGUGCAGCCAUACUCUGAUCAUCCAGAGAGAUUUGAUCACUGGUUUCAGGUGUUGUGUAAAGACAGUGUGUGUGGACGCUGUUACUGGGAGGUUGAGCUAAGUAAUGGGUCUUAUGUGUUUAUAUCAGUCUCAUAUAAAGGAAUCAGCAGGAAAGGAGAGGGUUAUGAUUGUGGGUUUGGUUGCAACACUUGGUCCUGGAGUCUGGAGUGUUUUGCUACUCUCUCUUUCUGGCAUAAUAACAUUGAGACUGAGAUCCCAGAACUGCCACACUACAGAAUAGGAGUUUAUGUGGAUCAUAGUGCAGGAACUCUGUCCUUCUACAGAGUCUCUAACCGGAUGACCCUCCUACAUAGAGUCCAUACCACAUUCACACAGCCCCUCUAUGCUGGGCUCUGGGUUGACUCGGGCUCAACUGUGAGAUUAUGUGAUCCAAAUUAAUGUUUGUGGUGUAUUGCGUUUAGUAAUGAAGAGUUAAAAAAUUAAUGCACAAUGCCACACUGUUCAUUAGUUGUGAUCAUUCUCUGAUGUUUCUCAGAUCCUCAGAUAAUCGAUAUUGUUCUUUAGCCCAGAUCAGCCUGCGUUUAGAUUCUGUAUAGAAUCAUCAGUUACUCUGCUGUACAACAUACACAUAAACAGUGAAAACAGGUUUUCUUUAAUAUCAGCUGUGUUAAAAUUACAUCAUUACAUUAGGAUGCAUUUGAGUUGAAAAUGCAUCAAGUAUCAAAAAUGUUCUUGUGUAAAGACUCGACUGAUUACAACAUCAAUAAACUUAAAAGAAAACUUUACAUGAGUUUUAACUUUUGUUUUGUGGGUUUUAAGGUUAUUUAACUAUUAGAACUAUGCUGUUUCAGGUUAAGGAUAUUCUCCACUAGCAGAGAAUUCUGUUAAUGUCACGGAAUGCUCACCUCCCGCAAGUCACAUGGUUUGGGAGGAUCUUUUGAAGUGAAGUGGGAGGAUCUUUUGUUUGUGGCUACACCUGCAAACACCUGCACCUUGUCUUUAUGUAUAUAAACCCUUGUCCUUGUGUGCAGGGUAUUGGUCAUUGUACUCGUAGAUGUUAAUGUAGCAUGUUAAUGUU